AUGACAGUCUGAACCAUGGCAGGAGAGAUCAAUGAAGGCUCAGUUCCUGCCUAUUACAGGGAAGUAUAUGAAGCCAUCCGCUGUAGGACGGAUGAGAGAGUGCAGGUUGAAGUUUUUCAGCGGUUGCUCCAAAGGACCGAUAUCUCCAAGGCGGUGUUAGGCCAGAUUGCUGAGCAUGUUGACUCAACAGAUGGAUUCCUGAGCAAGUUGUCUCUCUAUAAAGCGCUGGCGUUGAUUGCUCUUGCUCAACAAGGGAAGCAACCAAGCCCCAAACUGUUGGAGAACUGCAUACAAGAGUUACCCAAACCUCAGCUCGGAGAGCCGCGGGAGCUGACCGCUUUGAGGAUGCAGCCGACUCAGGAGGACGUUCUGACAAUGUCCCAUACGCUGGACAAACUGCUGGUCAGAGACACAGUCCAGGUGGAGCUCAUACCGGAGAAGAAGGGCUUGUUCCUCAAACAUGUGGAGUACCAGGUCACCAGCCAGCAUUACAAAAUUUCAGUAUACCGGCGCUAUAGUGAUUUUGAUGUCUUCCAUGAGGUCUUGCUUCAGAGAUUUGCCUACAGAGUCGUGCCGGCACUGCCACCUAAAAGAAUGUUAAAGGGAGUCCUGACCUCCGUCUCUGAGCGGGAUUUCAUUGAAUGCAGGAGACGUGCUCUUGGCCGAUUCAUUAACCUGGUGGCUCGGCAUCCCUUCUUCUCAGAGGACGAGCUGGUCAAGACCUUCCUCACCUUCAGUGGCUCCGAUGUUCAGAGUAAGCUGCGUGACUCUUACAAGAAAACUGGCGAUGAGUUUAUGACCAACAGAAUUGCAACCCUGGCCAAGGAAUACCUCCCUGCUGACAUUCAGGCCCAGUUCUCAACAAGCAGAGAGCUGAUUAGAAAUAUUCACAACAGCUUCCAGAAGCUGCGGGACAGAGCUGAAAAAAUGGCGGAGCGCUCUAAGGAAAAUGCAACUGAUCUUCUCAUGUUUGGCAGAGAACUCAGUACGCUGGGCUCCGACGGCUCGUCUCUUCCCUCCUUGGCCUCUUCACAAAGCACCUGGGGGACUCUGCGUCAGUCUCUGAAGAGUCUGUCGGUGGAGUUCGCUGUGCUAUCUGACAAAGCUGCUCAGCAGGGCAGACGGGAAGAGGAUGAUGUUGUGGAAAAACUAAAUAUUUUCCUGGAUUUGCUGCAAUCGUACAGAGAUCUCUGUGAGCGGCAUGAGAAAGGCGUGCUUCAUGAGCACCAGAGAGCUCUGCACAAGUACGGUAUGAUGAAGAGGCAGAUGAUGAGCGCCACGGUGCAGCCCAAAGAGCAGGCGUCUGUGGAACAGUUGGAGUCACGGAUUGUUCAGCAAGAGAACGCCAUCCAGACCAUGGAGCUGCGUAACUACUUCUCCCUGUUCUGCCUUCAUCAAGAGACGCAGCUUAUCUUCAUCUACCUUCCCAUCACUUCUCACAUUCUGGGGGCUUUUGUUAACUCCCAGGUCCAAGGACACAGAGAGAUGGGAGCGGUGUGGAAUGAACUCCAGCCAAAGCUCGGCUGUCUCUUUGGGGGUAAUAACGGAUUGAAGACCCCCAUCUGAAACCUAACCUCUAGAGGUGCAGGACAGAAACUCCCCCGCUGAAGAGGAUCACAAACUGGAAAAUAACUCGCUCUUUGAGCUCAAGAAAGUCUUUUAUAACACAAUAGCUACAUUCCAUUUAAUAUGAGCAUUUUUUAAUGUAAAUUGGUUCUAAACUACUCAGCUUAUUUGGGGAUUUGAUCAUCCACCAUCCAACUGGAAAAUACAGUGGGCUCUUAAAUCUGUCUUUUUAUGCUUUGCUUGACGAGGAAGUAAUGUAGGAAGGAAAAUCCCCUAGGAGGUUUUUUAUAAGGGACCGGUCAGCCUUUAGGGCGUGAGGGAUGAUAUAUAUUCAUGCAUUCUAACUCAUUUCCUAAAUGACCUGUUUAUAGCUUAACUUUGGAAGAAGUUUUAUACACUAAAGAAGGAAAAACGAGAGGGACAUAAAAGUUUGACUAUUAAAGGAUGGGAUUAUUUUAAAUCUCCAGUCAUGAAGGUUUUACGUACUAACACACUUUAAACUAAUGUAUUUUUGAUACAGAUUUCAGUUCAUAAGGAUGUUUAGCAGCCUACUUUAAAUAUUUUUUAUGGAUAAGUGUGCUGUUCUCUUACUUUAUAAGUCUUUACUUUUAUGCCAAGCAACAGAUUUUCUUUCUAUCCCUGUUUUAUUUUAUAAGCUAUUUUGAACCACCUACACUCAAAAUGUAUAAUACUACAAAGGGCAACGAUCUAAAGUUUAUUGGUUUAAAAAAGAUAAGUUUAAGCACUAGUGUCAGUAACAACUCUAUAAGCUAUUGAUUUACUACCAAAGAGAAAUUAUAUAAAUUCAAGUUGCAGUGCAGUAGAAAAUGUAACAUUUAACAUUUAAUAAUCGCCACUGGAGUUUUUUUGGACCAUACUACUUGGAUAUGGAAGAUAUUUUUCACACUUCUAUAAAGAAAUCCUAACCUAAAUGUGAGUUACUGUGUGUAUAAGGGCAACCAAUCAUUGAUUUCCCUUUCCUCUCACUAUUAGGCUUUCUACUUCUCAGACAUUUCAAUGAAAACCCUAACGCACAUUAAUAUCUGUACACAUGAUUUUCCAGAGCAUUCUGUAUUAUUCUAAUGGAAAAAAAUCAAAAGGGACUCUUAUAUGGGCUCACAUUACCUCACAAAAACAUUUAUUUUAUGAUUAACUAUAAAACAGUAUGAAACACUUUUGUUUUGGCAGGAAAGAAGUAUCAGGAAUCAGGUUCACUAACUUGAAAUCCAAUCAAAUUAUACCUGUAGAUAUUGUAAAUAUUUUAUGAAAAAGCCUUGCUAAAUUGUGUUGAAUCAAUUAUCCUGAAAAUAAAAUAACAGAAUGAAUAUUUCUGUCAUUAUG